AUGGCCAAAGUUUUAGCGGCAUCGAAAAUCAUUAUCUGGGACGAAUGCACAAUGGCGCAUAAACGUGCAUUAGAAGCACUUAACCGAACAUUAAAAGAUUUACGCAAUGACUCGAGAUGUUUUGGAGGAGCAAUGAUUUUACUGUCUGGCGAUUUCCGCCAAAUACUGCCAGCAAUUCCAAGAUCUACGGCUGCCGAUGAAAUAAACGCUUGCCUCAAAUCGUCAAAUCUAUGGCGCUAUGUGAAGAAACUGCAGCUGACAACAAACAUGAGAGUUACAUUGCUUAAUGAUACAUCUGCUGAAGAUUUCUCGAAGCAAUUGGUGACUAUCGGUAAUGGUCAAGUACCUGUCGAUGAAUCGAGCGGAUUAAUAUCAUUUCCAAAUAAUUUCUACACAAUGGUUUUCUUGCGACUGUUCUCAGCAAUCAAUACAUCAUCUCCAUAG